AUGCCUCCCAAGAAGAAGACGAAGACAUCUCACUCGCGCGCCACCGCCGCCAUCUCUGGCUUGAACAGUGGCACCGCGAAGACUCCGGACUCGGAGACAGAGUCGAACGCCACCGAUGUGGCGAAACCACGCCGCCAUGUUCGCGGUCGGCGUGGAGGCCUCAAGGACAUGCCAAACAUGCCAUUCGAUAUUAUCAUGGAGAUCGUGCAGCUGUUGCAUCCGCGAGACGUGCUGAACCUCGCACGGACGACCAAGGGUUUCCGAGCAUUCCUAAUGGAUCGUAAACAGGAAUUUCUUUGGAAGGCUGCCAGGGCGAAUGUAGAGGGACUGCCAGCUCUGCCCCCUUGGCUUUGCGAGCCUUCGUACGCCAACCUGAUGUUCUUCCCGCAGUGUCAUGGAGAGCUGGGGAAGCAUGCCAAAGACCCGUACCUUGUUCCGGAAGCCGGUCGUUCGCGGCGGGGUGGGUAUGUUUACUUCAAACCUCAAAUCGAUGAUUUCCGCCGCAAGUGGGCGGAACUUUCCGAUAGAGAGGAGCAGAUCCGAUUCGUUCAGGAGUGUCAGAAGGACACCGAUGUCUGUCUAGAUAUCUCUCGUGAACUUGAGGAGUGGGCCUCAGACCAGAAGGAGAACAGAAAGCAAGAACGGGACGACCUCAAAGCCGCAAGGAUACAGGCAGUUGAAGCGCGUCUUCACGAUGAAGGCUGGGAGAAGGAGCUCGCCUUCAUGAACUCCAAGGAUUUUGAGCGCUUGCACGGCCUACCGGCUGUAUGCAAGCCGGCAGCACUUACAGAUCGGGCAUGGAAGGGUAUGCAACACGACGUAGUUGCACUCAUGCAGGGGUAUCGUAACGAACGCGUACCGCGCAAACAUAUUGAACCACUACUGAAUGAUGUACAGGGAGAGCUGGGGAAGCAUGCCAAAGACCCGUACCUUGUUCCGGAAGCCGGUCGUUCGCGGCGGGGUGGGUAUGUUUACUUCAAACCUCAAAUCGAUGAUUUCCGCCGCAAGUGGGCGGAACUUUCCGAUAGAGAGGAGCAGAUCCGAUUCGUUCAGGAGUGUCAGAAGGACACCGAUGUCUGUCUAGAUAUCUCUCGUGAACUUGAGGAGUGGGCCUCAGACCAGAAGGAGAACAGAAAGCAAGAACGGGACGACCUCAAAGCCGCAAGGAUACAGGCAGUUGAAGCGCGUCUUCACGAUGAAGGCUGGGAGAAGGAGCUCGCCUUCAUGAACUCCAAGGAUUUUGAGCGCUUGCACGGCCUACCGGCUGUAUGCAAGCCGGCAGCACUUACAGAUCGGGCAUGGAAGGGUAUGCAACACGACGUAGUUGCACUCAUGCAGGGGUAUCGUAACGAACGGUUGGUAUAUGAGCGGCGCUCGUUGCUGGUCAGGAGGAUGCGGCUGAUGCGCGAAGCUUUCGCGGAGCACCUUCAACUCAUGCGACAAUGCGAGGGACCGCGGACUAUGGCCGACGAUCUCACCCCCCAAGCCGGUGAUGUCGCGUACCUGCCUCAAUUCCGCGAAGUCAUCGAAGCGAAGUCCGAAGUGGCCGUCACCAAAGCAUCCUUCGCCCCACUGUUGACGUCUUGGCCCGAGCUCUCCGCAAGCUGGACAGCUCAGCACAAGGCGCAUUUCACGGAGAUGCUGCUGCCAGCUCUCAAGGAUACGAAAGCGGCCGAUUUUGAAGAGGUGCUCGACCUUGCUAUAGCAACAUUCCGUUGCUUGAGGUGCCAGGCAGGCAACUUGCGCUGGCCUUUCGUCCUUAUCCAUGGCUGUUUUCGUUCUCGGUCCAACAGCGCCACGGAGACCGACUUCGAUUUCGCUGAAUUCCGCGACAUAAUCAAUAUGUGCGGGGAAGAUCCCGAUAUGGUGACGUGGGAGGCGAUGCAAGAGCGUCCGAAUCCUGCGCGUCUGAUGUGCAAGGACUGGUGUCUGAAGCCCGAUAGGAAUCAAGUUUUCGAUUGGCGAGCAGCGUUCGACCACAUGUGCAAACGCCAUAGUUAUCGAGAGGUCGCAACCGGCGCAACACGAUGGCAGCUCGUUUCAGAGGAAGAAGCCGCCAAGGCUACAAAGCUCGCGGAAGCUCUGGAUGCUCUGAACAAGGCAGAGUGGUACAAUUCACAUCGCUUCGCGGGGAGCUAUAACAUCGCGUGUUCCUGGUGCACCAGCUAUUGUUCACGAUACGUAGAACAAGUGAGGACGCACCUCAAAAAGAAGCAUGGACAGGACGAACCGCGCGAGGGCGUGGACUACUCUGAAUCCCAAGCAUCACUUAUGCGGAUGUAUAGUGGCUUGCCGCCAGUGUGGAUCUGCUCUGCUGAUCUCGCAGACAACGAUUAUAUCAAACGUAUGGUUGAAGAAGGCAAGGGUUUCUUCGCUACUUCUCCUGCGGAGGCUUCCGAGGACAGUGUACCCGCUGCUUCAGAUAUCUAG